AUGGAAGAUGCUGUGUCUGACAUCACGUCUGCGUCCAUGAAGCUCCUGGCCAGCUCUGAGAUCGCUGCUGCCUCGGUUAGCGAGAGGAGGCUCAUGCCCGCCGUCCAACACAUAGAAGACCGAACUGAAGAAUCCUCACUCGCUCCCGCCGAGGACAUUCUAGAACCCCUGGACGUUCCUGAAGCUAAGGUAGAGGAGGAAGUAUCUGUGGAGGGGGAAGUGGCAGUAGAAGCACCAGCUGAAGAAGCAGAAGCAGCUGUCGUGGAAACUGAAGAGCCCAAACCAGAAGAGGAGGCUGUUGUUGCCCCUGAUGUCACAGAGGAAGUGGUUGCUGAGGCGACCCCUGAGCCAGAGGAAGUAGUUCCGGUCGCCGUAGAGGAGGCUCCAGCUGCUGUUGCAGAGGAGGAGACGGCUGCACCUCUCCUAGAGGCCCCAGAGCUCCCUGCCGCUGUGGAAGUACCUGAGGCUGAGGCUUCUGCCGCUGUGGAAGUACCUGAGGCUUCUGCCGCUGUGGAAGUACCUGAGGCUUCUGCCGCUGUGGAAGUACCUGAGGCUUCUGCCGCUGUGGAAGUACCUGAGGCUUCUGCCGCUGUGGAAGUACCUGAGGCUUCUGCCGCUGUGGAAGUACCUGAGGCUUCUGCCGCUGUGGAAGUACCUGAGGCUUCUGCCGCUGUGGAAGUACCUGAGGCUUCUGCCGCUGUGGAAGUACCUGAGGCUUCUGCCGCUGUGGAAGUACCUGAGGCUUCUGCCGCUGUGGAAGUACCUGAGGCUUCUGCCGCUGUGGAAGUACCUGAGGCUUCUGCCGCUGUGGAAGUACCUGAGGCUUCUGCCGCUGUGGAAGUACCUGAGGCUUCUGCCGCUGUGGAAGUACCUGAGGCUUCUGCCGCUGUGGAAGUACCUGAGGCUUCUGCCGCUGUGGAAGUACCUGAGGCUUCUGCCGCUGUGGAAGUACCUGAGGCUUCUGCCGCUGUGGAAGUACCUGAGGCUUCUGCCGCUGUGGAAGUACCUGAGGCUGAGGCUUCUGCCGCUGUGGAAGUACCUGAGGCUUCAGCCGAGGAGGGACCAAUAGUAGAAGCACCAGCAGUAGAGGAAUUUUCCCCAGAAGAGGCUGCCCCAGUCGAAGAGGCAGCGCCAGUUGAGGCAGAGGUACCUGCAGCCGAAGAGGUAGCAGUAGUAGAGGAUGCUGCCCCAGUGAAGGAAGCCCCAGAGAUGGAGGAACCAGCAGCAGAGGAACCACCAGCGGCAAAGGAGGCUGUGGAGACAGCCCAAAUGUCUGAGGAUGAGGCGCUCGUCGUGGAGGCGGCGAUGCUGGCAGCAGCCUCAGCCCUGGAUGUCGUGGCAGUGGAGGCGAAGGCAGCCCCGGCUGAGGAAGUCAAGGAGGCCCUCUUCACUUCAUGCCACCCAGCUUCUGAGGCUGUCCCAGUUGAGGCUGCUGUGGCAGUCACCCCUGUGGUGGAAGUAGAGGCUCCCCCUGCUGGUGUGGAGGAUGCAGUCAUCGAGGGUGAGGCAGUGGAGGUGACCGCGGAGGAGUGUGCCACCGAUUGGCCUGCUGAGGUGACUGCAGAGGCAGUGGAGGAAGCCAAGGUGGAAGGAGAGACUGCCAGGCCAGUAAAGAGGUCCUGCUCAGUGAUGUAAUAGUACAGAAGGUGCACAGAGUAUGAGCCUGAUGUUGCUGACAGCCCAGUCCUGACUGGAGACCAGCGAGAUGUGCCUUCUGGAACAGUCAACACCCGCAGCUGUCAAUCAAACAGGACGAUCAACAUAAAACACACACAGAAUUAGAACUGGUUGGAAUUUUAUUCUAGAAUUAUAUUAAACUAAUUAUAUUUAAAUGUUGUCUAAUGACAACAGUUGUCAACCUGGUAACUACAUUCCAGGUUCUCACUCCGUUUCUUGGUCUUGUAUUAUCCCUAUCCAUGGUGAGGUGACACUUCCGUAAGGGUUUGAAGUCUGACUUUAUUCCUAGGGUUCAGACCCAAAUGGCACCUUAUACCCUAUAUAGUGCACUACUUUUGACCAGGGCCCGUAGGGGAAUAGGGUGCCAUUUGGGACGGACAUCAACUAUUUCUCAGUACCACCCUGUUAUCCACGGUGCCACUGUUACCAAGCUGACCAAGACCACUUGAAUGGAUUUGAAGUUACUUGAUAAAUGAUCGUGUACUUGACAUUGCCUAAUGAAUUCUGACUAUUUUUUUUUGAUUCAAUGAAAUAAGAUCUGAAUUGGUGUAUUAAACAGCCGGCUAUUAGACCACGUCUAGAUAAUUGUUCUUCAAAGACUGUUGGGUUAGUUCUGCAUGGAGUUUUUUUUAUUCAAUCAGGGAAUAUCUAGAUUAAGUUUAGUUCCCAAGCCAGUAGAUUGUUGGUGGACAGUAUUGUACCCAUGUGAUGUAAAAAUAAAAUGUAUUUUUCAGUCCAAUAACAAUGGAAUAGCUUUGCG